GUUGUGUUCAUGACGAGAACAUAACGGAAAUCACUUUUCAAAACACCAUUAUUUCGUCAGGCUAUACAGAAAGUGGAGGAUGUGUAAAGUAAUCUCGAGUACAAUUUUAGUACUGUUCAACAUCCCACUUGUGAUUAUUGGUUUAGGACUUGUGGUUUUUGGUGCUUUAAUACGGUGGAAUGAAAAACUUUUGGUUGAACGAAUUACUCCUACGAUUAUCGAAGAAAUAGAUGAUGAGAAUGCACGUGAAGCUGCUCAAAAAUUAGUAGAAGAAAGAAUAACGUUAUUUGCUUCUUAUGGUUUGGCAAUUUUCUUGUUCGGUCUCUUCAUUUGCGUAUUGUCGCUCUGUGGAAUAUGUGGAGUAUGCUGCAAGAGUAAAAUCUUACUUGGAUUAUAUGCAGCAUUUCUUCUAGUCAUAUUUUUGGCGCUGCUUGUGUUCACUAUUGUAUUUGGAACACGGAAACACUGGUUCCGUGAUGAGCUGGGUAUAAGUUAUAGAAGAUCAAUUACUAGUGAUUAUCAUAUGGACAAUAAUUUUCCACCAAACACCGGUUUUACUGUAUUUGUUAAUGAAAUUCAACGAAAGCAUAAAUGCUGUGGUUCUUUUGACUAUCGUGACUUCCAAGAUAAUGAAUCAUUCAAACGACAAAAUUAUAAGAUUCCAGCCUCUUGUUGUAAAGAUAUAAAAGACAAAGAAUGCUGGGAACGUCCAACAACACAGAAUAGUUAUAAAGACACUGGUUGUUUCGAGUUUCUAUGGUCAGCGGCACAAUCAAGCUAUCGAAUUAUUCUUUAUAUCUUGAUUGGUCUGUUAUUACUUACGUUUACAUUCGCGGUUAUCUCUAUCUACCUGCUGACACGUUAUUCAAGGGAGAAAAUGCAAUUGUUGUAGAGAAAACAAACAAUUUCACCAUUUUAUUUGCUUUAUAUCUCUAUCUCACCUAAUAUCCCAGUUGAAUUUAUCUUUAGCACAUAUACCCUAUUUAUUUAACGUAUUAUAUACAAAUACCUAGGAUCAUCAUAUAAAUUAUAAAAUGCGAAACUGUCAAUUUAUAAAUAUUUGAUUAUGGUUACACAUUUUUGUCAUCAGUGUACUUCGUACUGAUCGGUUAAACACACAUCCAGAGUUAAAUUAGCGCCAAGGAAAAGUUUCGAUUUAGGAAAAACAAAAACAAAACAAAAGAAAACUGUAAAAAGUGAACAGUUUAGAAAAGGUAUCCUGUAAAAUUCAGUUUCACUCGUCUUUUCUUCUUAUUUAAGACGCUUAAUCCAUCUUCAAAGUGUUACAAAUAAACAUUUUAAAAGCGAAUAACGUUUAAUUUAGAAAAAGUCACUAGAAAAAAAUCUCUUAUCUAACUUCACUUUAUUGUUAUGCGGACAUUUAUUAUUAGUCACCUGACAUGUGUUAUUCUACUUGCUUUCUCAUUAUAUACAUAUCAAUAUAAACAUUAAUUCUAUAUUAUUCAAAUUAUAUUAGCGCCUAACCAAUAAAUAUUGCACAUGGCUUAAUAAUAUGCAAGUACUAUCGUACAUCCUUUUUCAUAUGCUCUAUGUACAUGUAGUAUAUAUAUAUAUAUAUGCUUAUCAUUCUGCUAACAUAUUCACCCAUUAAAUAUACUUCAUGUUUAUACCCCAUCCAUGUUCUUAUUGAUUAUUAACCAUAUUUUUUUAGAAUUUUUUUAUUGUUAAUAUUUAUAUGCAAAUUAGUUAGAAAUGAGAGUGAACAACAUUUCAUAUUAAAGUUAAUUAAUAGUCAUAUAAAGUUU